AUGCAGGUGGAUGAGUAUGGCAACAUUCAUGAAGAUCUGUUCGUUGCCGAUGAGAAUUGUGCAGCGGACAGCAAAACUGAAGCUGUGAAGCCCAAAAAGGAUGAGGCGGAUUCGUAUCCAGCUGAGGUGGAUCGUUUUGGGACCGCUGCUGCUCCUCAAGCAGUUGAGCCAGAGCCGGUCUACAUUGAAUCGUAUUACAAUGCUAGCGACUUGCACAACUGGAACAUCUACUGA